AGUGUCCACAUAUCGUUCGAUCUGGCAACGCUUUGGAAACCCGCAAAAAAAAUUAAAUUGGUUAAAACCAAGAAAGAAAUUCAAUUAAUGGAUAUGCACAGCCUACCAGUGCCAGAUUUAAGAGAUGACAAAAAGCAUCGGGAAAAACAGUUUCAUGGCCAUGAAAAUAGCAACCGAUUUCGUCCACCCAAGUACAAGGCACGUGGCAGCUAUGUAAUGGGUGAAAAUAAUAAUUUAAAUCGCAGCUCAUCGGUUGGCUUGAGCUUAACUGCUGGCACAUCGGCUGCUGGUGUAGGCGGCGGGGGAAGCGGCACCGGUGGCGGCUGCCCAGGCGGAGGCGGUGGCUCUCCAUAUAAUUUUAACAACACUUCACAAUUAGCCCAUGCGAUCUCGUUUCGGGAAACCAACUCAUCCAGCCCAUCUCACUCUCUGCCUCUAAUCGCAAAUAAUAAUGAAGAUGUCGAUGCCAAUUCCUCAUCAUCCUUUGGCAAUAGCAGCCAUUUCGAACUCUGUUUCGAACGUCUAGCCAAGCUGGGCGAAGGCUCAUUUGGCGAAGUGUUUCAGGUGCGAGAUCGGUCCGAUGGCCAAAUGUAUGCGGUGAAAAUCUCCAAGCAAUUGUUUCGUGGCGAACAAUAUCGAUCGGAACGCUUGGAGGAAGUGCGUCGGUAUGAACAAUUCUCGGGACACGAGAAUUGCAUACGAUUCAUACGAGCCUGGGAACAAUAUGAUCGCCUCUUCAUGCAAAUGGAAUUAUGCCGCGAGAGCCUGGAGCAGUAUCUAUGUCGGUGUCAGCAUCAAAUUGCUGAGGAGCGGAUUUGGCAUAUUCUAUUGGAUUUAUUGCGUGGCCUCAAAUCAUUACAUGAUCGCAAUCUCAUACAUUUGGACAUUAAGCUGGACAAUGUACUAAUUGGCGAGGAUGAGGAGACAUGUAAAUUGGCUGAUUUCGGUUUAGUUAUCGAUGUGGAUAAGGCCAACAGUCAUCAUGCCACCGAGGGUGAUUCACGUUACAUGGCACCCGAGAUACUGCAGGGACAAUUCUCCAAGGCAGCAGAUAUAUUUAGUUUAGGUAUAGCCAUGCUGGAAUUGGCUUGUUACAUGGACUUGCCAUCAAAUGGCCCCCUAUGGCAUGAGCUACGUCAAGGCAUCCUGCCCGAGGAGUUUAUAGACAAAAUCUCUGUGGAACUCCAGCAGGUUAUUAAGAGCAUGAUGACACCCGAUCCUCAGCAGAGGCCGACAGUGGAAGAGCUGUUAAAUCAUCCCAGACUGCAGCAAAUGCAACAGAGAGAGAAAUCUCUAAUGACAUUCAAUUAUUUGUCAAAAAGCUUUCGUCGUUCUAGUCGAUAUUUCUGGCUAAAAAUGUGCAAUUUGAAAAUUUGGGCAUAUCGUUAUAUAUUCUAUUUUUUGGAAAUUCUACAUAUUCAUAAGCCCCUGAAGCUGCCAAUGGCUUCAAAACAGACUGACAGUUUAAAACCAACUCCUUAUCCCCCGUCAUCGCCCAGUAAUGGCAAUGCCAAUCCCAAUCCCCAUCCCAAUACCAAUAAUCAAUUAUCAAACACACCCAUUAUGCCUGUGCCAGACAUUGAAUUGCAAUUGGUUGGCUCAACGCCCAUAGCAAAUCGGGAUUAUUAUACAUCAGAUUUUCUAACGAGAGAGGAUGCAUUCGAUAUAUCACCGCAAGGCUCACCCGGCAUUGCCAUCAAUUCAACGCCCCUGAAUCACAAGCAUCGUGACAAAAGUUUGAAUUCAUCACGAAAUUUACGAUCUUGGAGUUUUAAUCAUAUACUUGUCGAUCAGAAUAAUGUAUCAUUACCCAAAUCAUUAAAUAACACUUCGUUUCUUCGUAAAAAACUCUUUGUCAUGGACAGCGAUGAGGAGGAGUAGGAGUAAUUGCUGCAGCAGCAGUUAACUUAAAGAAUUUAACAAUAUGUAUGUGUGUGAGAAUCUUCCAAGUGAGUCACAUGAGAAAAAUAUUGGCAUAUUUUGUUACUCAAAAGUAUUUAAUUUCGCUUCAAAUGAAUAAAGGAAAAAUUCACUUGAAAGAUUCUCACAUAAACAUAUAGAAUUAUCAACUCAAAACAUAUGGCAAGCAAAUAUAUAAGAUAUACAUACAUAUACACACAUAUAUAUAUAUAUUAUAUACA